GCUUUCUUCAGAAUCCAGUGCGAAUAAAGCGUGCGAGAAUACGCCAUCGCCUCGCUUGUUCUCCCCCCUUUUCUUCUCGUUUCUGAGCGACGAAUUGACGAGGCAGGUCCCCGCUCAAUCCAAUCUCCGGUUCUUCCGUCGAUUGAGCCCGGCUGCCUCUCUCCAUCGAGCUGCUAGAUUCCUUUUGUUCAUCGUCGCGGUUGUAUCCGGUUUCCGAUCGCGCUCGGAUGGAGCCUCGCGUGGCGAACAAAUUCCGCCUCGGCCGAAAGAUAGGGAGCGGGUCCUUCGGCGAGAUUUAUUUAGGAACAAAUAUCCAAACGAACGAAGAAGUUGCCAUUAAACUUGAAAAUGUUAAGACGAAGCAUCCACAGUUGAUAUAUGAAUCAAAGCUAUACAAGAUUCUACAGGGAGGAACUGGAAUUCCAAAUGUUCGAUGGUAUGGUGUUGAGGGUGACUACAAUGUUCUGGUGAUGGAUUUACUAGGACCUAGUCUUGAAGAUUUGUUCAACUUUUGUAACAGAAAAUUCUCGUUAAAGACGGUGUUAAUGCUUGCAGACCAGAUGAUAAAUAGAGUGGAGUUUGUUCAUUCAAAAUAUUUUCUACAUCGAGAUAUCAAGCCAGAUAAUUUUCUGAUGGGUCUUGGGAGACGAGCUAAUCAAGUUUAUAUUAUUGAUUUUGGACUUGCCAAGAAGUAUAGAGAUAGUUCUACUCAUCAGCAUAUUCCUUAUAGAGAGAAUAAGAACCUGACUGGAACAGCAAGGUAUGCAAGUGUUAACACACAUCUUGGCAUAGAGCAAAGCAGGAGAGAUGAUUUGGAAUCUCUUGGAUAUGUUCUUAUGUACUUCUUAAGGGGAAGUCUUCCAUGGCAAGGUCUGAAAGCUGGAACCAAGAAACAAAAGUAUGAAAAGAUUAGUGAAAGAAAAGUUGCCACAUCCAUUGAGGCUUUAUGUCGGGGUUAUCCUUCAGAGUUUGCAUCAUAUUUCCACUAUUGUCGUUCGCUACGUUUUGAUGAUAAGCCAGAUUAUGCAUACCUUAAGAGAUUGUUCAGGGACCUCUUCAUCCGAGAAGGAUUUCAGUUUGAUUAUGUUUUUGAUUGGACAAUUUUGAAGUACCAACAAUCACAGAGUGCUAAUGCUCCUUCACGAGCUAUUGGACCAGGUGUGGGACCUAGUUCUGGCUUGGCUCAUGCUACUACAAAUGAUAGACAGCCUGGUGGUGAAGAAGCAAGGACAAGUGGUUGGGCAACAUUGGACCCCACUUAUCGCCCAAGAGUUCCACCUCCAGCUGUGCAUCCUGGGAACUUGACCAAGCAGAAGGCUCCUGUUGGUCAUGAUUCACCUGCAAACAAAGAAGCAUAA